AUGUUGUUAAUUGUGGCUCUCGUUUUUGCGGUCUUCUUCCUCUUCCAGACCGCCAAGGGCGCCUUGCCGCACUUCUUUUUCGUGCCUCCAACCCAUUGGCAGGAUAAGAUCAAGAAGCAUCUCGACCACCCCAAGCCAGUCUACUUGAAGGUAGGAGCAAAACGUUCAAGUUUCAGGAAACGCUUGGUCGGGGCCAGCUUUGAUCCACAAUAUUAUUCGAAUUACAAGGAUAAUAAGAUCCUGUUCCUGCCCUCGGAUAUCAAAAACAAGGAUGAUUUCUUAGCUACCAUGAAGCAUAGACUGAGUGGUGAUCUGCGCAGAAGCAUCUUAUAUGGAUUCUUCCAUCCAUACGCUAACAAUGGUGGUGGUGGUGAAAAAGUCUUGUGGGAGGCUAUCUACGCUACCUUAUCGCAGAACAGUGAAAAUAUUGUCGUCGUUUACACCACGAAUGUGGAGGCUCUGCCCCAGGAGAUUUUGCAUAAAGCCCAGCUGAAGUUUGAUGUCAAGGACAUGGAUUCUAAGCGAAUUGUGUUUGUGUACUUGCGUAAAUUCAGCAAAUGGAUCGACUCAGACUCCUGGAAGCAUUUCACUAUGAUCGGCCAGCUAUUAGGCUCAAUUCUUCUAGCACUUGAAGCAAUCUUUGAAUUGACUCCUGAUGUUUGGAUAGAUACAAUGGGUUUGCCUGGUAGCUACUUCCCUAUCAGCAUUAUCCUCAAGAUACCGAUUGUGGCAUAUGUGCACUAUCCAAUCAUCCAACUGGACAUGUUCAAUAAGCUCAAGUUCAGAUCGCUCGCGGACUUGACAUCUCUUCGGCCAAGUCUUGGUGAUUUGAAAGCAUUGGGCAAGUUUUUCUACUGGACUGCUCUUUAUUACUUCUAUGUCUACCUUGGCUCGUGCGUCAAUGUCACCUUCACGAAUGGCUCCUGGACUUUCAACCAUAUGUCAAAAAUCUGGAGCCUCAAUCAGGGCUUGGGGAGAACCAUCGAAAAGCUUUAUCCUCCGUGCUCAACUGAGUCUCUCAUCAAUCUAGAGUUGACCACCACACCCAGAGAGGAGAAGUUGCUCUACAUUGCACAGUUUAGGCCUGAGAAGCGCCACUCUCUAGUCCUUGAGGAGUUCAGCAAGUUUUUGCAAGCAGCAAGGUCUGCUUCUCUUCCCAUCAAGGACAUUCCAAAAAUCGUUUUUUUGGGAUCUUGCAGAACGCCUGAAGAUUCCGGUACACUUGAGAAUCUUCAAGCUCUUACUGAGGAUCUCGAAUUAACCGAUUAUGUUGAAUUCAUUGUGGAUUGCUCUUACGAUGAAGUGAAGGAACAAUUGAAGAAAUGUAACUUCGGUCUCAAUGCCAUGUGGAACGAGCAUUUCGGAAUUGGCGUUGUUGAGUAUGUGAGCUCUGGCGCCAUUCCUAUUGUACACGCUUCCGCUGGGCCUCUCCUCGACAUUUGCUCUCAGAAGCUGGCUACAAGCCCACCUGCUUGGGUUCCUUCUACAACAUGGAGGAAUGACGUUGGCUUUUUCUUCAAGAGCACGGACGACCCAGACUUCAAUGGAGAGGAAGUUGAUGGAGAUCUUAUCUUCACCCAAUAUGCGAAUGAUGAAAAAACCGAAGCAAGAUUUCCCAGGUUGAAUGAAGUUCUCCAUAGAUUGUACAUUGAAAAAUCUAUCAGUCUGGAACAGUUAACUUCCAUGAGGACUACUGGUAGUGAGCUCAUGGAAGAGAAGUUUUCUAAUCGCAUUUUCCAUGAAAAAUGGCUGGAUAAGCUUCAUGAAGUCGUGGAGCUUGAAAAUCAGUACAGAGAAGAUCGGGGCAAGGUUCUUGCAGUAUAUUAG